AUGAUGCAGCUUUUCCUUUCUGAGGUCCCUCGCCUGGGAGAGCAUGCGCUUAGGAACAACGUGCGGGUGCGCUUCCUGAUUUCCGAUGCAGAACCUCUGCCUGCUGCCGUGCAAGCUGCUGUCACAGAGCUAGAAACCGCCUCGGCUUCCUGCACUGGCUUGUUGCUUAAUGUUUGCCUCAGCUAUGGCGGCCGCAGCGACGUCGCGCGGGCCUGCCGCAAUUUGGCCCUGCAGGUGCAGCGCGGUGAACUGGAGCCGGAGGCCAUCGACGAUGCCCUGGUAAGGCGGCAACUGCUGACGGGCGAUGUCCCAGAUCCAGAUGUACUCAUUAGGACUUCGGGCGAGCAACGGCUGAGCAACUUCGUAAUGUUCCAGCUGGCGUACGCCGAACUCUUCUUCUUGGACAAGCAUUGGCCAGAGGUGACACAGCAGGACCUGCUGGACGUUGCUACCGCAUUUCAGAAUAGGCAGCGGCGGUUUGGGAAGUGA